AUGGAUGGCGGAAAUAUGAAUAUUGAAUUCGAUAAAGUUUACGGUACUCUUCGCAAAAGUCGAAGGACAACCAUCACUAUCCUCACAGGGUAUUUGGGCUGUGUUAAUUUUUUAAAGCUACCAUUAUCUGAUGGAGUUCAAAUCCCCAGCGCUUGCCAAAAUGAAACUAUUGAGCUGAAUGAGCUAGAAGAUUAUGCUGUUCAACGCAUUCGAGUACUAAAAUGUAUUGAGGCUGUUGGCCAAGAUUGUGUCAGAGGCACCAAGGAAUAUGAUGACAAAGUAGUAACAGAACUGACAAAAUUAGGUGGAUUUGGAAAGAUUUUUACUGCAUGUUCUUCCUCCAGUAAAAACGCAAAGGAAGAUAUUCGUAAAGAUAUAAUUUCCCAUUUCAUUCUACAAGUUGCUUAUUGUCGCAGCGAAGAUCUACGCCGUUGGUUUAUUCAACAGGAGGUGGACCUAUUCCGUUUUCGAUUUCUCAAUGAACGUAAUAGUUCUACUCAUGGCCCAGAAAUUAUAUCAAAAUUUCUGCAUGAAAAUCAUCUUCACUUUACACAUAUGACAGAAUCUGAACGACAAAAUUUACAAAAUUAUUUAGUAGCAGGCACGGCUACUCCGGGUAUUGAUUCGAACACCACAGCAUUUUACAAGGUUCAUUUUACGGAAGUUCCAGAACUUGUUCGGUCAAGACGAGUUUUCAUUCGAGGAGGAUAUGCGUUUGUACCGGAACCAGAUCUAGUCAGUCUUGUUGUGUCUAGUUUCCGUACUUGCUUGUCACGCAAUUUAGCACAUCUUGGCUUAACAUUGGGUUCUAGAACUGCAUGUGAAGAAAAUCGAGUCUUACCUCUACUGUCUUCUUUGUCUCAACGUUACCUCGGUGAAGAUUAUUCAACUAAAGCUGCUGUAUCAGGAGCAGUGAAAGCUGAUGACGUAGAUGGUCUUGCAAGGCAACCAGGUUUAUUGCCACCGUGUAUGUCACAGCUACAUGAAGCAUUGAAAGCUCAUCAUCAUUUACGGCAUACUGGCAGAAUGCAGUACGGGCUAUUUUUAAAGGGUAUUGGAUUGCCUUUGGAGGAGUCUCUAAAGUUUUGGCGCAGUGCAUUCUCGCCUAAAUACGACAGUGAUCAGUUUAACAAAGCUUAUGCGUAUAACAUCAGACACAAUUAUGGAAAGGAGGGGAAACGUGCAGAUUAUACGCCUUACUCUUGUAUCAAGAUUAUAUCAGGCAGUGCUCCUGCUGGAGGAGAUUACCACGGUUGUCCUUUCCGACAUAUGGAUCCAGAACUUCUCCGACAACGCCUUUUAUCCGGUGGCCAUUUGUCAUCAGAUAUAGUAGAAACUAUUGUACAACGAUCAAAAGAAAGACUUUAUCAUCUCAGCUGUCGUGAAUAUUUACGCGGAAUGUUGAAAUUAAGUGUAGACGAUAUAUCCGGAGUGACUAUUCACCAUCCAAACCAAUAUUUUGAAGAAGCUCGAAAGAUUCUACAGAGUGACAAAACUAAAUCUAACGAAAAGGUUCAAGUGAAAAAAGUUAAGAUGUACAAUGAAAAUGAUAACGAGGAUAGACUACUUCUGUCAAUUAACAUGGAUGAUGCAAGUUUUGAGUCUACUCAUAUUGAUGACAGUUUGAUGGGAUAA